AUGGCCGAGUAUGAGGCCCUGGUUGCCGGUUUAAGGCUAGCUAAAGAAAUGAAAUUCGAGAUCUUGGAUAUUUACAAUGAAUCCAUGGUUGUAGUUCGACAUUGGAAAGGAGGGUUCCACUGGAAUGGAAUUCAAAUUGAUGCGAGAGGCUUCAAUUCUCCUCUUCUCAAAUGCAUAGACGGAGAGGAGUGCAACUACAUCAUGUGGGAGAUAUAUGAGGGAAUUUGUGGCCAAGGGGGGGGUGUUAAAUAUGUUGUGGUGGCCGUUGACUACUUCACCAAAUGGGGCGAAGCUGAGCCUCUAGCUAGUAUCUCCGCCAGAAAGAUCAAGGACUUUGUGCACAAGUCCAUUGUGUGCCGAUAUGGGAUCCCCUUUAAGCUCAUCUCUGAUAAUGGCAAGCAUUUUGAUAGCAAGGCGUUGCGGGACUUCUGUGAGGCACUUGGCAUCAAAAAGGAUUUCUCUGCGGUGUGCCACCCCCAGUCCAAUGGCCAAACUGAGGCCAUCAACAAGAUCAUCAAGCACACCCUUAAGGCCAAGCUGGAAGAGGCCAAGGAUGACUGGCCCGAGGAGCUCCCCUAG